GCUUCCUCCGCGACCCACCGGCCUCAGCGCCCUUCCCGCGCCUGGCCUGGUGCGUGGUGUAGACACAGGCCCGGAAGUGAGUUCCGGGUCGGUGUAGACGCGGCGGCCGCGCGGGUUCCGGGCCCCACCCUGGAACCAACGACGUCCCUCCUGGAAAACCUGACUCAGGCGGAGCCCCUGCCCGGCGGGGAGCCCCGCCCCCGCUCCAGAGCAACCUUAGCUCCAGCCCCCCAACUGCAGAGGGACCCUGGAGUCCCGGCCCCAGGAACCCCCAGGCGCCGGGGGAGUCCCGCGUUUCGCAGGCUCCCUGAGGGGGCGGUGCGGGGGCGGGUCGGCCCCUCCCUCCUUGACGCCCGGGCCGCGGAGCCCCGGGCGGAGAUCCUGGGCUGCGGAGCGGGACGUCAGGCCGGCCGAGCAGGAUGCGCUACCGGGCGUCGGCCCUGGGCAGUGACGGGGUACGGGUGACCAUGGAGAGCGCACUGACCGCCCGUGACCGGGUGGGGGUACAGGAUUUUGUGCUGCUGGAGAACUUCACCAGUGAGGCAGCCUUCAUCGAGAACCUGCGGCGACGGUUCCGGGAGAAUCUCAUUUACACCUACAUUGGCCCGGUCCUGGUUUCUGUCAACCCCUACCGGGACCUCCAGAUCUACAGCCGUCAGCACAUGGAGCGUUACCGGGGCGUCAGCUUCUAUGAGGUGCCACCCCACCUGUUUGCGGUGGCUGAUACUGUGUACCGGGCACUGCGUACGGAGCGUCGGGACCAGGCAGUGAUGAUCUCUGGGGAGAGUGGAGCAGGCAAGACAGAGGCCACCAAGCGGCUGCUACAGUUCUAUGCUGAGACCUGCCCAGCUCCUGAGCGGGGUGGUGCUGUGCGUGACCGGCUGCUACAGAGCAAUCCUGUGCUGGAGGCCUUUGGAAAUGCCAAGACCCUCCGGAAUGAUAACUCCAGCAGGUUUGGGAAGUACAUGGACGUGCAGUUUGACUUCAAGGGUGCCCCCGUGGGUGGCCACAUCCUCAGUUACCUCCUGGAGAAGUCCCGCGUGGUCCACCAGAAUCACGGGGAGAGGAACUUCCACAUUUUUUAUCAGCUGCUGGAGGGGGGCGAAGAGGAGACGCUGCGAAGGCUGGGCUUGGAACGCAACCCCCAGAGCUACCUGUACCUGGUGAAGGGCCAGUGUGCCAAAGUCUCCUCCAUCAAUGACAAGAGUGACUGGAAGGUCGUCAGAAAGGCUCUCACGGUCAUCAACUUCACUGAGGAUGAAGUGGAGGACCUGCUGAGCAUCGUGGCCAGUGUCCUGCAUUUGGGUAACAUCCACUUUGCCGCCAACGAGGAGAGCAAUGCCCAGGUCACCACUGAGAAUCAGCUCAAGUAUCUAACCAGGCUCCUUGGUGUGGAUGGCUCAACGCUGCGGGAAGCCCUGACACACAGGAAGAUCAUCGCCAAGGGAGAGGAGCUCCUGAGCCCACUGAACCUGGAACAGGCUGCCUAUGCCCGAGACGCUCUCGCAAAGGCUGUGUAUAGUCGAACUUUUACCUGGCUGGUCGGGAAGAUCAACAGGUCGUUGGCCUCCAAGGACGCCGAGAGCCCCAGCUGGCGGAGCACCACUGUCCUUGGGCUCCUGGACAUUUAUGGCUUCGAAGUGUUUCAGCACAACAGCUUCGAGCAGUUCUGCAUCAAUUACUGCAACGAGAAGCUGCAGCAGCUCUUCAUCGAACUGACCCUCAAGUCAGAACAGGAGGAGUACGAGGCAGAGGGCAUCGCGUGGGAGCCUGUCCAGUAUUUCAACAACAAGAUCAUCUGUGAUCUGGUAGAGGAGAAAUUCAAGGGUAUCAUUUCCAUUUUGGACGAGGAGUGUCUGCGCCCUGGGGAGGCCACAGAUCUGACCUUCCUGGAGAAGCUGGAGGACACGAUCAAGCACCAUCCACAUUUCCUGACGCACAAGCUGGCUGACCAACGGACCAGGAAAUCUCUGGGCCGCGGGGAGUUCCGCCUUCUGCACUAUGCUGGGGAAGUUACCUACAGCGUGACCGGGUUUCUGGAUAAAAAUAAUGACCUCCUCUUCCGGAACCUGAAGGAGACCAUGUGCAGCUCGGAGAAUCCCAUCAUGAGCCAGUGCUUCGACCGGAGUGAGCUCAGUGACAAGAAGCGACCGGAGACGGUGGCCACCCAGUUCAAGAUGAGCCUCCUGCAGCUGGUAGAGAUCCUGCAGUCUAAGGAGCCCGCUUACAUCCGCUGCAUCAAGCCCAAUGACGCCAAACAGCCUGGCCGCUUUGAUGAGGUGCUGAUCCGGCACCAGGUGAAGUACCUAGGGCUGAUGGAGAACCUGCGUGUGCGCAGAGCCGGCUUUGCCUAUCGCCGCAAAUAUGAGGCUUUCCUGCAAAGGUACAAGUCGCUGUGCCCGGAGACAUGGCCCAUGUGGACAGGAAGGCCUCAGGACGGGGUAGCUGUGCUGGUCAGGCAUCUCGGCUACAAGCCAGAAGAGUACAAGAUGGGCAGGACCAAGAUCUUCAUCCGCUUUCCCAAGACCCUAUUUGCUACAGAGGAUGCCCUGGAGGUCCGGCGGCAGAGCCUGGCCACGAAGAUCCAGGCUUCCUGGAGGGGCUAUCACUGGCGGCAGAAAUUCCUCCGGGUGAAGCGAUCAGCGAUCUGCAUCCAGUCAUGGUGGCGAGGAACUCUGGGACGGAGGAAGGCCGCCAAGAGGAAGUGGGCAGCACAGACGAUCCGGCGGCUCAUUCGAGGCUUCAUCCUGCGCCACGCACCCCGUUGCCCUGAGAAUGCCUUCUUCCUGGACCACGUGCGCACCUCUUUUUUGCUCAACCUGCGGCGGCAGCUACCCCGAAAUGUUCUGGACACUUCCUGGCCCACACCACCACCUGCCCUGCGUGAGGCCUCAGAGCUGCUGCGGGAGUUGUGCAUGAAGAACAUGGUGUGGAAGUAUUGCCGGAGCAUCAGCCCUGAGUGGAAGCAGCAGCUGCAUCAGAAAGCAGUGGCCAGUGAGAUCUUCAAGGGCAAGAAAGACAAUUACCCCCAGAGUGUCCCCAGGCUCUUCAUCAGCACAAGGCUUGGUGCAGACGAGAUCAGCCCCAAAGUGCUGCAGGCCCUGGGUACCGAGCCCAUCCAGUACGCAGUGCCUGUGGUGAAAUAUGACCGGAAGGGCUACAAACCCCGACCCCGGCAGCUGCUGCUGACGCCCAGCGCCGUGGUCAUUGUGGAAGAUGCCAAGGUCAAGCAGAGGAUUGAUUAUGCCAACCUGACCGGAAUCUCCGUCAGCAGCCUGAGCGACAGUCUUUUUGUGCUGCAUGUGCAGCGUGAGGACAAUAAGCAGAAGGGGGAUGUAGUGCUGCAGAGUGACCAUGUGAUUGAGACACUGACCAAGACAGCCCUUAAUGCUGACCGUGUGGACAACAUCAACAUCAACCAGGGCAGCAUCACAUUUGCAGGGGGCCCUGGCAGGGACGGCAUUAUUGACUUCAUACCUGGCUCAGAACUGCUCAUCACUAAGGCCAAGAAUGGUCACCUGGCUGUGGUGGCCCCACGGCUGAACUCUCGGUGAUGAAGGCGCCCACUGGACCCUCCCACCUCCCAAUGCUUUGCUUAUCCUCUCUUCCCCUUCCCAGUUACCAAAGACUCAAGCUUCCAGACAGGGACCCAGGGACACCUUGAAGUCCACCAACAAACUCCUGUCUCCUGUUCACCCCUCUCUUGAGGGAGCUGCGGGGGCCAGGGAGCUGCCCCAGGAGUGGGCCAGGCCGGGCCACAGCAAUAGGAAAGCCGGGACCGGAGGCAAAUAUGCCAGCCCCGCUGCCGAUGCCAAAUAUUUGAGAGAAGGGAACUUUUUGAUGAGAUUUUCUCUGAGAUUUUUUGAUGCUUUAUAGGAAACUAUUUUUUUUAAAUGCUGUUUUCCCACCUCAAGACACACUGGAUGUGUUUUUUCUGACUCCAGCAGGGCAGGGAAUGCAGCUCAGAGGUUGGGCGGUCUGGGCCCUGGUGCACUCUUCCCUGCCCAGGCCACCUUGUCCUCCUGGUUCCCUUGGUGCCUUGUCUGCCUGCCUACCCACCUAUACCCUUUGCAGCCCACUUUGACAUCUCCUAGGGGCUGAGACCACCCUUGCCUGCCCCCUUCCUCCUACCUUAAAAGUGCCCUUUCAAUGUUGUCAGCCUAGCCUGAGGGCAUCCUGCAGUGGGGGAAGGGUCUUAGACAUAGAUUUAGGAGAACUGAGAGGUCAUCUGGUCCAGCCUCCUGGUGUGACAGCAGCAGACAGUAGGUCAAGAGGGGAAGGGACUUGCCCUUCAUCCAGCAGGCUGGGGCAAAACUGGGACUGCAGCCCUGUCCUCUCAGCACAUUUUACUGCCUCUUCCAGGGACAGGGGGCCCCAUAGAACAGGCUCAUGUCUUAAGGGAGCAUGUGGCUCCCUGACCAGCAAUCACCCUUGGGGGCCACCAGGUAGGAGAAGUACUUCUGCCUGGGUCCAUGCCUUAGAACCACAAAUACCCUGCUCACAUAACCUUGGCCCCAGUUCAAGGAUGUGAGGCCCUGCCUGGGCCCUGACCUGCUCCCUGUCCGGGGAACCUGGAGAAGGGGUUGGCCUUGGGAGGAGCUGCAGGGACAUCACCUCUUUCUGCUGCUUCCCCCACCACCUCCCCAGGGGGCCUGGGGCUGCCCAGCUGCCUCUGCCCUCCUGAGGUCUUGGCCCACUGCUGACACUUCUGCAAUCCAGAAAAACACUAAAUAAAGCAAUACUGUUUGCCAA